UCCGAUAGAGAGACGAGGAAGAUUUGUCGUGAUUUUGUUCCUCCCAAAAAGGAACAUGGAAGGAGGUUCAAAUUCAAAAGAGGUGAAAAAUGAAGAAGAAGAAGUUCUUCCUAGUCAUAAGGAUUCCUGGGAGUGUGGCAGUGGUGAGACAGAGACACAACCUGAAACACACCAACAUCAACAUGCACACCUAGAGGCACACCAAGGCACAGAGGAGACUGAUCUGUACCUGUACACCAUCAUUCACUUUCAGGAAGAUGCAGAUGGUGAAGAAAUGGAGACCAUAGAAGACCCUGAAUCUGUGGAGGAUGCCGAAUGUGGGACUACUGAACUCCAGUGUGACCCCGUGUCCCAGAGUGAGGCUGAGGUGACCCCUGACCCGGACACGCCCCCAGACGCGGAGGUCCGCCCACCGGUUCAGUUCCACUGUGCAGAUUGUGAUUUCAAAAGUACUAUACGUUCCAAAAUGGAGGGUCAUAUCAAAGAUCAAGACCACAGCUAUGGUUGCGGAGGGUGCGCCUUCAAGUCCAAGUGGAACCGCAGCUGGCGCAAACACAUGCAGCGGAAACACGGGAUGCUCAAACGGAGCGUCUACCACCAGCUCAUGUACCAAUGCGGGGAAUGCGGCUACACCACCAAAGCGCGUAAAGCCAUCAACAUGCACAUUCGCAAGCAUUCCGGCGAGCGUCCAUUCAAAUGCAGCCAGUGUAACUACGCCGCGAAAGACAAGAGCACACUCCGGAGGCACAGCAAGUGUCACGGUGGCGGCGGACGGUUUACGUGCGAGAUCUGUAACUUCUCUACCUCACAGAAAACCACACUGGGAAAACACAUGAAAAGUCACAACGUAGGGGACAGGUAUCCGUGUAUGUUCUGUCACUUUGUGACCAGAGUAGAGAGCGAUCUUGCCAUCCACGUAAGAGAGAGCCAUCCGCCGAGUAUUUAUCAGUGUCCGCACUGUGCGUACUCCACCGCUCUUCUUGCCAACUUCAGUAGGCACAUGAGGAAACACACGGGGGUUAAACCCUUUAAGUGCGAUGUGUGUAACUACGCCACCGCCGUUCAGAGCAACCUGGUCAGGCACAAACGUACGCACACCAACGAAAAACCAUUCAUGUGCAAGGAGUGCAGCUAUGCGACUUCCGUACAGAGCAACUUGGUGCGCCAUGUGAACACGCAGCACAUGGACGUGAUGCUGUACCACUGCAACCACUGCGGUUACUCGUCUAACUUCCGUGGAAACAUGAUCCGACACUUGUCCGCCCAGCAUUCCAAGAAAGUCUGUAAGGAAGCGGACUCUAGCACGGGCGCCGUCUCUUCUAGUGCAGAAGACAGAAACACAGGAGACCAAACAGCCGGCCCGAGCUCUAGUCCCGAACAGCGGUACACCUACGUCCAAGUGGAAGCAUCGGGUACCGUUGGUUACCGCGAUGGCGGUUCCACCGCGUCGAGUUUCGCGGGAGAAGAGGAGGGAGAACGAGUUCACGUCGUUCACCUUCAAGAAGGACAAGAAACGGGUCACAUCGAGAGCGUGGAGACAACAGAAGCGCCGGGUUCAAGCGCGGAAGAGUCGCACGGAGACUUACAAGUGAUACAAACGGAAGACGGGCACCUCCUCGCGGUGGACCCGUCCUUCGUACGAAACAUCGCGGAGGGGAAACAGGUGCACAUCCUGGUGCGCGACCACCACGCAUCCCGCAAUGCCGAGGGCAUGGAACAGGAAGUGGAAGAUACCAUUUCUGAGGAAGAUGAGGGGAAGACAAACACACCACCUGAUGACCCUCCUAUUUCAACAGAAACUGCAGAAGAAAAAUGAAGUUGGACUGAAUGCUUUUUAGAU